CCCACAGGAUUCUCAGCUGGCGGGCGCGAGCCCGAAAAGAGCGAUGCGCCGUGAGCCUUUCAAAAGCAAAUGGACCCGGGCCCAAUUUUGGCAUUUCUCGGCUCAAGCGGCCCAUCUCUCAGCUCGCAAUGUGCAUGUCUCGGCUCAGGUGUAUGAACCCUUCCACGUUCUGUAGCGAGCCACAAGCACUCUCCGCCUUCGGGUCGGUUUGCGGCCCUUUUGGAGCGCAGCUCCAUGGCGCCGCGGUGGCAGGAGCUCCUGAAGCAGCUCACGCAGGAGUUGGAGAAGGAGCACCAGCACCUGAGACAACUGCAGCUCGAGAACGCCAAGUUGCGCGCAAGCGCGGAAGAGACAUGGCCGAAGGAGGUUGAGAGCAUCCUGCCGAAGGCGGUUUCGAGCAUCGUGCCCGAGGCCUCGACCUCGACCGCGAUAUGCGAGCCAAACCGGGAGAAGAACCUGGACAAAAUAACCGAGAGCUUUCAUCUUCAGUUUACUCAGCCUUCCCGCGUGAAGGAGGUCUUCUUAGCUCAGCGAUCGACAACCGCAGCGAUGCCGCCCUGGUACGUCGUCGACCCUGAGGGCGGCCGGUACCUCCACGUUUGGCAGCCCAUAGUUUCCGUCGCCCUCGCCUGGGCGACCUUGAUCACGCCUCUACAGGCAUGCAUCAUGGAGUUGAGAGUUUCGCCCUGGAUGAUUUUCAGCUGGCUGGUAGACCUGGUCUUCGUGAUGGAUCUGAUCCUGCAUUUCUUCGUGCAGCAGGUGAGGCACACAACGAGGGGCAUUCAGCGGGUGACGCGCUUGGACAGGAUCGCUCUGCAUUAUGUGCAGACCUGGUUUUUGCCCGACCUGGUGGCCGCCAUCCCCUUUGACGUCGCAGGUCUUUACGGCUUGGCGCCGGAAGUGGCGCGUGUCUUGUGGUUGCUGAAGCUGCUGCGCUUGAUUAAGCCGGGGAGGCUUCUUGCAAAGAUCGAGAUUCCCUACUCUAUCCCCCACCAGCAGCAUUGGUUGCUCGCAAGAUUUCUGCUGCUACUGACCCUCGUGUGCCAUUGGCUAGCAUGCCUUUGGGCCUUGACCUUGAAGCUCGUUUCGGAGGAGUAUCCACGUUGGAUGGACGACAUUAGUGAGGUAGACCAACUGCACGGAGCCACCAUGGGGCCAGCUCGUGUCUAUGUGGCCGCCUUUUACUUCAGCAGUUACACCAUGACCUCGGUGGGUUACGGGGACAUGGGCCCUCAGAACUUGCUGGAGCGAUUGGUGGCCACCUUCAUGGUGAUGUGUUCUGGCUUCUGCUGGGCCUAUGUGCUGGGCCAAGUCUGCAACAUUGUGGCAGACAUCAAUGAGGAGAGUCAGUCCUUCCGCCAACGCAUGCACCACCUGAACCUGUUCAUGAGAAGCGAGGGUCUUCCCAGGGACCUCAAGCGAAGACUCCGGAGCUUCUUCCUGCACAACCGGAGCCUCGCUUUGCACAACAACCAACUGGAGUUGUUGGGCAUGAUGAGCCCGCAGCUGCGCUCGGAGGUCUGCUCUGCCGUCAACUUGCCCUGGCUGCAGAAGGUGAGCGUUUUCAACACCUUCAUGAAGCUCAUGGAAGACCAGGAGCGCAAAACUGGGCUGCCGGCAUGGAACUUCCGCGCUUGCAUCGCAGAGGUCUCGCAGCGCUUGGAGGCGUUGGCCUUUGCGCAGCAGGAGCACUUUGAGCAUGCGCAGGUGCUUUGCAUUCUCUCAAAGGGGCUUGCGAUGAUCAACAACCAGCUGGAGCACAAGGGGGCAGUGUGGGGCGAGGACUUCGUACUGUCCAACAUCAAUCUCAUCCAACCUGUCAAGGGCAAUGCGCUCACGUACGCGGAAAUCCUGACUCUUCGCAGAGAGAGCUUUAUGGAUGUCAUCGAGACGUGCAGGAAGACCUGCCCCCAGCUGGGCCAGAUCUGCAACCGCUUCGCGGCGCGCCUGGGGGCACGCCGGGCCAUCCUUGAGGAGGCGAGGCGCAGGCGCUUGGGCAAGCUGACCCUCUGAGAGGUGAGACAAUGAGGGCUGACAGCACGCAACCCUCGCAAUUUGAUGCAAUUUGCGCAAGGCUGCUGCCCUUGGCUGAGCAAGAGUCAGGA